AUGAAGAAAGGGACGAAGUGUAUCGUGCAAACCAUUAAUCUGUCGAACCCAAAAACAUGCGUAAGACCGAAAGCAGUUCAGAAACUCGUCGGUACGAACGGUGGAAACACUUUCUCAGAUUCCGAUCUAGCGAGUAAUCAUCGGCCACUUACACCAGCGACGGUGAGAGUUUGCACGCGGAAAGAUAUGCAGAGGACCUGCAAACCGAAGCUCUAUUAUCGCCAUGAAAAGCCGGCGUCGUCGUCGCUUUCGAUCGGCGAGAGACUCUGCAGAGCCGUAAUGUUUCUUAUAAAAGGCACUAUCACGACCGGACUUAUUUAUUGGACUUACUCGGAGGGUCUCUGGAGCGACAGCGGAGAAACGAAAAACUUGUAUUACAGGAUAAUGAGCACGAUCGCUCCCUCGCUACCCGCUCCACCGUCGGGCACCGACGAUAUACAUUUGUCACACCUGGAACGAGUAAAAUAUCCGACUUUCGGAGCGUACAAUGACGCGGUAAUAAAAAGCAUGGAUGUUACUGUCAGUAUGCCAUUAGCGAUGUACCGAAAGCUACGAGGUAUUACAUUCAGUUGCGAUGCAAUUAAAGAAACGGAGACAGAUCAGUCCGAUGAGACUCCGACGGAGAUGUAA